AAGUUUUAAGAGUUUGAAUUGAUGUGCUGUUCUUAAUAUAGUAAUGUAUAAUUGUAUAGACCUUAUUAGAAAAGGAAAAAAAUACCAGAUACUUUAAUAUACUCAGUAUAAGUGUUGGUCAAGUGUCAUUCAGGGAGCAUACCUUUUAAAGUUACUCUGUUACUUUUCUGUUACCUUCAACCUGAAAGCACAAGAGGUGUUGCAGGCAGAGAUAACCAUGGUCCAAUCUGGUUCCUGUAAACAUUCAACAAAUAUUUGCAGGUCUGCUAUGUGCCAGGCAUUGUUUUAAUUAGUGAACAAAACAGGCAAAAAUUCCUGCUCACAUGGCAUUUACCUUCUAGUAGAUCUCAAAGUUCUCUAUUCUCCUAAUCACUGGUAUCACCUGGAAAGAAUUUAUUGCUGGUUCAACACUGCUAAGGACUGGCAUGAAGUUCUGUAGCUGAUGUGGGAAGUACCUCGCUAGUGUCUCCAGCACUGGGUUUUCUAGACUAGUCUUCAAGCUUUAUAGGUUUGGGGAUUGUGUGUUUACCACAUCUUGCUGAGACUUGUAUUUUUCCUGGAGCGCUCUCAGUGCCCAUGGAUCCAACUACAGACCUAGGCAGAUGACCUCCAGCGUCACUUCCUCAUGGAUGCUAACACCAGAUGUGAACUGCCCACAGUAGCUGGUGUUUUCCAAGUGGAACUCAUUGUUUCAAACUAGCACAGUGGAAAGCACAUGAGAUCAUCUGGGUUCAGGUUACAUCUGAGUGACUCACUGGCAUCCAUAUAACCUUAUGCAUAUUUCUGACCCUCUCUGCAUCUGUAAAGUGACUAAUCAACCAUGGAGGGUUGUUUUGAGGACGAAAGGAUUUCAUGUAAAACACCCAGCGCAUCAAUUGGUUUAUCUUGAGAGCUAAAAGGGCUUUCCUCAGCCUGAAGAUCAGCUGACCAUUGACAUCAGCCAUGUCAUCGAGGCCUCUUGAAAGUCCACCUCCUUACAGACCUGAUGAAUUCAAACCGAAUCAUUAUGCACCAAGCAAUGACAUAUAUGGUGGAGAGAUGCAUGUUCGACCAAUGCUGUCUCAGCCGGCAUACUCGUUUUACCCAGAAGAUGAAAUUCUUCACUUUUACAAAUGGACCUCUCCUCCAGGAGUGAUUCGGAUUCUGUCUAUGCUCAUUAUUGUGAUGUGCAUUGCCAUCUUUGCCUGUGUGGCCUCCACGCUUGCCUGGGACAGAGGCUAUGGAACUUCCCUUUUAGGAGGUGGUAUAGGCUACCCUUAUGGAGGAAGUGGCUUUGGUAGCUACGGAAGUGGCUAUGGCUAUGGCUAUGGUUAUGGCUAUGGCUACGGAGGCUAUACAGACCCAAGAGCAGCAAAGGGCUUCCUGUUGGCCAUGGCCGCCUUCUGUUUCAUUGCCGCGUUGGUGAUCUUUGUUACCAGUGUUAUAAGAUCUGAAAUGUCCAGAACAAGAAGAUAUUACUUAAGUGUGAUAAUAGUGAGUGCUAUCCUGGGCAUCAUGGUGUUUAUUGCCACAAUUGUCUACAUAAUGGGAGUCAAUCCAACUGCUCAGUCUUCUGGAUCUCUCUAUGGUUCACAAAUAUAUGCCCUCUGCAACCAAUUUUAUACACCUGCAGUUACUGGACUCUACGUGGAUCAGUAUUUGUAUCACUACUGUGUUGUGGAUCCCCAGGAGGCCAUUGCCAUUGUACUGGGAUUCAUGAUUAUUGUGGCUUUUGCUUUAAUAAUUUUCUUUGCUGUGAAAACUCGAAGAAAGAUGAACAGGUAUGACAAGUCCAAUAUUUUGUGGGACAAGGAACCCGUUUAUGAUGAGCAGCCCCCCAAUGUCGAGGAGUGGGUUAAAAAUGUGUCUGCAGGCACAGAGGACAUGCCUCCACCCCCAUCUGACUAUGUGGAAAGAGUUGACAGUCCCAUGGCAUACUCUUCCAAUGGCAAAGUGAACGACAAGCGGUUUUAUCCAGAGUCUUCCUAUAAAUCCACACCGGUUCCUGAAGUGGUUCGGGAGCUUCCAGUGACUUCACCUGUGGAUGACUUCAGGCAGCCUCGUUACAGCAGCAGCAGUAACUUUGAGACACCUUCAGAAAGGCCUCCUGCAAAGGGAAGAGCGGGAAAGUCGAAGAGAACAGAGCAAGACCACUAUGAAACAGACUACACAACUGGCGGCGAAUCCUGUGAUGAGCUAGAGGAGGACUGGAUCAGGGAAUAUCCACCUAUCACUUCAGAUCAACAAAGACAACUGUACAAGAGAAAUUUUGACACUGGCCUACAGGAAUACAAGAGCUUACAAUCAGAACUUGAUGAGAUCAAUAAAGAACUCUCUCGUUUGGAUAAAGAAUUGGAUGACUAUCAAGAAGAAAGUGAAGAGUAUAUGUCUGCUGCUGAUGAAUACAAUAGACUGAAGCAAGUGAAGGGAUCUGCAGAUUACAAAAGUAAGAAGAAUCAUUGCAAGCAGUUAAAGAGCAAAUUGUCACACAUCAAGAAGAUGGUUGGAGACUAUGAUAGACAGAAAACAUAGAAGGCUGAUGCCGAGUUGUCUGAGAAAUUAAGUAUCUGACAUCUCUGCAAUCUUCUCAGAAGGAAAUGACUUUGGACCAUAACCCAGGAAGCCAAACCUUUGUGAGCAUCACAAAGUUUUGGUUGCUUUAAUAUCGUCAGCAUUGAAGCAUUUAUAAAUAGCUUUCAAUAAUCAACUGGGCUGAACACUCCAAUUAAGGAUUUUAUGCCUUAAACAUUGGUUCUUGUAUUUGAAAGAAAUACUGUUUGAGGUUUUUAAGCCUUAAAGGAAGGUUCUGGUGUGAACUAAACUUUCACACCCCAGACAACGUCUUAAUACCUACAGGUAUUUGUUUGCAUAGGUGAUCUCACUUAAUCCUUUCAACCACCCUUCAGAUAACUGUUAUUUAUAAUUCUUUUCCACAUAAGGAAACUGGGUUCCUGCAAUGACCUCUCUGAAGUGAAACUGCUUGUUUCCUAGCACACAGUUUUAGUUAAGUCUGUUUUAUGACUCCAUUAAUAAUAAAGUCCCUGGCCUUUCAUAUUUUAGCUACUAUGUAUUUAACAAUCUAACAGCCUCUCUAUUAAUUUUUUUUCUGUUAUGUGAAUGGUUAAAAGAGGUUUUUCUUAUGUUAUCCUGAUAAUAAAGAUCAUGUAAAAGUAACAAAUGUGUGAAAUUUAAAGAUUGUAAAUAUAUACGUUUUUAAAAUCAAA